ACCAAACCCUGUUAAACUAUACUGAAGUUUGUGAUUGACAUGACAAAAAGUGUGAAAAGCUUAAAAGCUGAAACUACUUUAGCAAAAAUCAUUAGAUGUUCCAGCUCUUUUAGGAAUUUGUCCACAUUGUCCUUUCGCUGCUUUAUUUGAUGACUCAGCAUAAGACCACAAAUGGCAACUAAUUACUGCUUCACUGCAAGGCCAAGUUUCUCUGCAGGUUGUUUCUGACUUGAAGCUUAAUUUUUAGAAUUAUAUGCAGUCUUAUAAUCCUUAUAUACUUCCAGUAAGGCCAGAAAAGUUUAGAAACACAUGAAAGAAAUGGAGUUUGCACAUAAAAAGUAUUGGUGGAAUGUCAUGUUUCUGGAAGUCUGAAUCUGAGCAGACUGUGCAGUGUCACAGUGUCCAGGGCAAACGAGGCUCUGAGUGAACACAGUGACCACCCCCGGCCUCCUCUCGACCCCUUUAAAAAUCAACACAGUGGGUGAUUGGAUUUCACGCUCUUUUAUCUUUUAACUAGCCUGAUAACAGGAACGGAAAAAGCAAUGAUGAGCUUGUGUACACGUGUGUAAAAACUCUCCAUGGUCACUUAGCAGAGCCCCCAUUAGGCUUGGAUGUCCUCCCUGGUUGCCCAGUGAUAGAGUAAACAGAGCGAGUCUGACCGAUCCGGCACGCAAAUAUUUGUUUUAGGAAGGUGAUCUGGUCAGAUAGAAGACACAUGUCAGCUGCGGUAUAAAAACAGAGGCCACUGUCACUCAGCAGCUCUCACGCAGGACCCGGACCCUCUCCUCCAGGACACUCUGCACGCAAUCAAAUCCAGCUCCAAGUCUGGAGGUGACAUGGCCACAGGAGUUAUCAGGAACUUCCACAUUCAGGUCCCGGCUCCUGCCUACUUCCACACUUUCUUGCACUCUCCAUACAAGAAGGAUGAGGGUUGUCAGAUGAGGAAGAAGCCACAGGAACGAGAAGAUGAAGAAGAUCAAGACGAAGAGGAGGAGGAGGAAGAAGAAGAAGAAGAAGAAGAAUGCUUGGAUCAGUUCAUUGUGAAUCCUGCUCAGAAUGUUCUGGAUGUGACCAGUCAGUUGUUGAGGUUCGCUGACCUCAUCAGUCAUGACGUCCAGCGGUAUUUCGGCCGUUCCUCUGCGGAUCAAGAAACUUGUGACAUCUAUGAUGACUCUGUCUCCGUGGUGAGUAGUGGCCGGCUGCGUUACUAUGACGACCUGCUGAGGAUCGCAGGUGUGGGGACUCCAGAGGAGCAGGUGAAUGGUGUGGUGGCUCCAGAUAACAACCCAAGAUGCAGCGGUUUAGGGCCCCUGGCUGACCUGUUCAACCACAGAGGCCUGGGUCGACUCAGGGUCCAGCCAAUGAUCAACAGGCACCUCCCACUAAGUUUCUGGACUGAGCCAGUCCCUCUUUGCCCUCUGGUUGGCUUCAGCAGCACACCUAACAUCACACACACUAGCAGCAGCUCACCUGGACAGACCAGCGACAGACACACACAUUACAACCCGCUGAUGCAGCACGGCAUGACCGGCACGGAGCCAGACUUCAGUGACCUGCUGGCCUACUGGGACCCACACCCAGAGUUGACUCACACACUGAUGGACGACACACACGUAGAAUUAAACACACAGUAGCUGCCUGAAACCCACAUGGGUUCCAGCCUCUGCAGCUGUUCAACAAACAGAAAUGAACAGGAGCAAAGCAGGUUGUUUUCUUCUCUUUGUAGUCCUGUACUCUGACAAGGAAACACUUCAAGAAUGUUUAGGUUGGUUGCCAUAGAAACCAUGCUUUAAUUUUGAAGGAAAAGUUUCUUUUUCUGAUUAUUUCAAAAACUGAUUCGCCUUCGGAGCACAUUUCAUACGCCAGACAUUUCAUUAUGGAUGCAAAGAUAUGAAAAUGAGUCCUCCAUAUUGAAAUUAAUUUUAUACCUUUCAUUUUCAGCUAAGGUUCUUUCAGAAUAGAAUAGAAGAUACUUUAUUGAUCCCAAGGGGAAAUUGUUUAUUUAUUGACAAGGUACU